CAUUCGUUCCAGAGGUCGGCACUGCCAGCCCCACUGUUCGCCUUUGCAGCCGCUGCAGAACCCCAGCUCUAGUCCCAUUCUUGUUCUCUUUCCGAACUUGCUGGACACCCUUUUUCGUCCCUGAACUUUACUGCUGCCGCCUAAAAGGCAACAGGUAAUGGAGGCUUCGGAACAGUCAGCUUCCGUCACUGCACUUUUCUCAUUAGCGGAAGUAGAUUUGUCAGGGGUCUCCUGGCUUCGCGGUUACCAUAGGAAUGGGACGCUCAGGCCUGGAUGCCGGAAGUGCGGCCCGCUGUGCAUACCGGGAUAUGGCUGUUGCUUCUUGGCGGCCACGUCUUCUCCUUCUCCUGGGAGUGUGCCUCUCCCUAUUGCCCCGGGCUUGCGGGGAUGAGGGCCAGUUCAGCCCGGGACACUCGGCCUCUUCUCUGCAGGUUGGAACUGCUGCGUUUGAACGGAGAAUCUGGAGGACCCUUUAUCGAGCAGGUAUAUGUUCUUCAGGGUUAUGCUGAAGGCUGGAAGGAAGGCACGUGGGAGGAGAAGGUAGACCAGAGGCCUUGCAUUGACCAGCUCAUGUACUCAGAAGAUAAAAAUGGCUACUACAGAGGCUGGUUUUGGGGCUAUGAGGAGACUAGGGGCAUAAAUGUCACCUGUUUAUCAGUACAGGGUUCAGCAUCUAUUAUGGCUCCAGUGCUAUUAAAAAAUACUACAGCAAGGUCUGUAAUGCUAGAUAGAGCAGAGAACCUUCUGCAUGAUCAUUAUGGAGGCAAAGAUUACUGGGAUACUCGACGCAGCAUGGUGUUUGCCAAACAUCUGCGGGUAGUUGGGGAUGAAUUCCGGGCCAACUUUUUGCACUCUACCGACGAAGCAGACAGGACUAUAUUCCAUGAGGACUGGACCAAAGUGAAGGCAAAACCAGAUUCUGCCUUAGGAGGACCUUACCUUGCUGUGCACCUACGUCGAAAAGAUUUCAUAUGGGGGCACAGAGAGGAUGUGCCCAGUCUGCGGAGAGCAGCGGAUGAAAUCCAUAGUCUAAUGAAGAAACUCAAGCUCAAGAAAGUUUUUGUUGCCACAGAUGCGGACAGAGAAGAUCUUGAAGCCCUUCGAAAACUGAUCCCAGAAAUGGUGCGAUUUGAGGCGACCUGGGAAGAGCUGGAGUUGUACAAGGAUGGAGGUGUGGCUAUUAUAGACCAAUGGAUCUGUGCGCAUGCCAGAUAUUUCAUUGGCACCUCUGUCUCCACAUUCUCAUUCCGCAUUCAUGAAGAGAGAGAGAUUCUGAGCUUUAACCCAAAAACAACUUACAAUCGCUUCUGUGGGGACAAAGAAAAGAACUGUGAGCAGCCCACCCAUUGGAAAAUUGUGUACUGAAAUGGAACAAUGUCUGAUAUGGUUAUUCACACAGGGAACAGUUUAUGGCCAUACCCAACCAAGCACAAAUUCCUUACGGGCUGGCUGUUUAUUUAGAAUAAAACUUUAAAUUAC